GGUGUGCUGUUUGCCCUUCUGGGCUGAAUAUACAAGAAAGGGAUUUGACUGGCCUUUCAGUGAAAGCCUGUGCAAAGUGACAUCAGCUGUUAUCUACAUGAAUGCGUUCUGUAGCAUUUACUUCCUUGUUCUGGUUAGCAUAGAUCGUUAUGUGGCACUGGUGCACCCACUUUCCCAUGAGAGGAUACGCCGGCCGUUUUAUGCCAAACUGGGAUGUCUGUUUGUGUGGGGUCUUGGCUUGGUCUUUGCUCUCCCCAUAUUCAUCUACAGGAAGUUAAAAUUCAACUCUCGGUUAAAUCUUACUCACUGUUCACUUAACCUAACUUUUCCAGAGCAAUAUCUGGCAUCUGAGGUGACAACCAUAACAUUCAGCUUCAUCGUCCCUGUUAUCAUUAUUUUGUUCUGCACUGUCAAAAUUAUUCAAACUCUGAGAAAGAGGCUAAUGGAGGUUUUAAACAUUCAGAAAACGGAUCAGAAGGCCACCACUCUCAUCCUGGCAGUUCUCCUGGCAUUCCUGAUCUGCUGGGUGCCAUUCCACGUAACAAAGAUACUAGAUGUGCUCCAAAACACUGGCAUUCUGAAAUGUCACAUCACACUGACCAUCGUCCAACAGAUCUCUACGUACUUUGCCUUCUUCAAUAGUGUCCUUAACCCCAUUCUCUAUGUCUUAGUAGGGAAAACUUUCCAGAAACGAGCAAAGGAACUCUUCAUGUUGUGGAACAAGACUCGAACAGCAUCUUUCAGCCGACUGUCCACACGCCUGACAAGUUUUAAAUUGUGAUCAUAGCUCAAAGUGAUAUGCGGGACUGCGAUCUUUUGGAUGUGUGCUGUGAUGGUUUACCCAGUUAAAUGGACAAUUAUUUACUCAGGCAAGGAGAAAAAUGUUGUUUUUGUAA